UCUGUAUUCAACAGUUAUAGCUUUCUGCCUACUUUCCUGGAUGCUUUUUGGUUGAUGAACCAGAUGUUUAGGAGUCCAGCAGCAGCAUUCCUCUUUUGUCUGUCUUUUCUCUUGUCAAGUCUUGUGGCCUCUAUAACCCAUGGUUGUGUUGGACAAGUGAUUGCUUAUCAUUUCUUCCUUAUCAAACCUCCUGUUUGGGUUUUACACAUCAUCGCCAAAGUUUUUGCUGUUUCCGCAGCUUUAUACUUUACACAAGGGGCUGGUUCAGAGGGAAUUUAUCAGCUGCUUGUUUUUUGUCAAGUUAUCUCAGCUAUUCUCCUGGUACCUUCUGCGAUUCCUCUCUUCCAGCUAUCAUCGUCACAAUCAACAAUGGGUGCUUUCAGGAUCUCUCCUAUUGUCGAAUUUCUUUAUGUGAUCGUCUUCACGGGGAUGCUACUGACAAAUGUCAUUUUCAUUACAGAGUUGAUAUUUGGAAACAACAGAAUACCAGUUGACCUGUGGCUAAAUAUGGAAAAUGAUUUCCCCAGCCUCUAUUCUUUUUUCAUUCUUCUUGCCGUGGCUUCCCUUUUCUUUGCUCUAUACCUGUUUUUUACACCACUAAGACCUUCAAUAAAUGAACCAUGUGUGAAAAUAUCUACUGAGAAGUUGCAAAACGUGCAAGCCAAGCAAUCACAGCCUACGGAAGAAAAUGGUUCAGUUGAGGUUUUGGACAAUGGAUAUCGGAAUCCUAUUGGAAAAUUAAUCCGUCAGAGCUCUCUAGAUCUGGAUACAAAAAUCAAGUCUGCGGAGGGUUGUCAUAAAUCUGAUCCUAUCCCUAAACCAUCUACAGCAUAUACUUCUUACAUCAUACAAUCUAAUGGAGUGAAUUUAUUACUCAAAAGAGUUGUGCCCCCUGAAGAUGAUCAGCUGAUUAGUUCUUCUGAGCCUCAAGAUUUGUCUCAUAUUUCUGAGUCUAAAAUUAGUGGAUCUAAUAAGUCCAUGAUAAUUGGCAGUGGUAAAGAGGCAGCCUCUGAAUUUGGCCGUGGAAGUAAGCGACAACUAGCUGCUAUUCUAGAUGAGUUCUGGGGACUUCUAUUUGACUAUCAUGGGAAGCUCACCAAAGAAGCAAAGAGCAUAAGAGCAGCUAUCUUGGUAGGUUUGGAAUGUGAACCACGUCCUAGCUGUGAGUUAGAAACUGAAAGUAAACUGAAGCUCAAGUCCAAGGAAGCAGUUUCUUUGGCAGUUGUAGAUGGUUCUGAAUCCAAUAACUGCUUGAUUUUGAGCCGUGAGACGUUCUGGUCCAAAAAUAAUUCCGUUCCAUCUGUGAAUUUUGUCGAGGUAGAUAAAAAUAUAUAUUGCCCACAUGAGACUUUGACUUGGGGAGGCAAGAUUAUACACAGCACAUCCGGUGCUCCUAAGAAAUUCCUGACAUAUGGAGAAUCAGAACGGCUUGUUCUUCAGUCUCUUCGACUUUGCAUUAGAAAGCUCUUGAGACUGAAUAGCUCAGGUUGGUUAUUCAGUCAGAAUGGCGGACUUGAUGAAGAGCUGAUAGACUAUUUGGCUAUGUCAGAGGGUCUUCUACACAAGGAUGAGUCCCUUGAGGAACAAGAGGAACUAAUUGUUUUCCUUCCCAGUAUAUCAUAUUGCGGUAAAGGCUGUAUUUGGCAAGCUAGUUUAGUUGUGAGCUUUGGCGUCUGGUGUAUUCGUAGAAUAUUGGAGUUGUUACUGACGGAGAGCCGACCAGAAAUCUGGGGGAAAUAUACUUAUGUCCUUAACCGUCUUCAGGGAAUUAUUGAUCCGGUUUUUUGCAAGCCGAGAAAAAUCCAGUCUCCCUGCAAGUGCCUAGAGGCAUGCAGUUAUGACAGGGAAAGCUCUGGCACAUUAAAGAUCACAAGCAGGAGCUGUGUUCUUGAGUUGGUUAAGGGAGCGGAAGCCUAUGUAUCUGCACGCAGAGGUCGAGCUGGCACAGCAGCAGCAAAUAUCGCCUUCCCUAAAGGAAAAGAGAACAUAAUAUCGGUCCUGAAGCGGUACAAGCAUAGGCUCUCAAAGAUAUCACCCUGAAAAGUAAUAAAAUCAGAAUCUGAGGAUAGAUGAUGUAUCUUUUGAGGACAUAGAUUGUUACUUGGCUUGUUCGCUGGAUUUUCUUUUUUUUUCCUGCCUUUGAUGGGUUUCUGGAAUAAUAAUCUUCUAGUGGUAAGUCCAGAAUAUCAUCAAUGCUAUGACUGGCGUGGUUAGGAAAUGGAAAAGUUUCUUCCGUGUGCUUCUGGUUUGAUA